UUUUAGGACUUCAGAGAGGAUUUGCCGACAGUUGGGAAUUCCGCCUUCCAUUCCUUAUAUGGCGUCACACAUGGAUUGGCAGCUGGUCACCGCUCCACCCACUCUUGCUUAAUUUGGUCGCACAAAGGAUCUGACAGCCCCCACAGUGGCCGCCCACUUUGCCACACAAGGCCGGCCUGCCCAUAUACGGCAAACAAUCGACUAAAUUGUAUAUUUCUCUCUUCCUUGUCCCAUUAAUAGGGUACGGUGACUCGCACUGGGGCGAAAGCAGUGCGAUCAUGGCGGAGCGCGUUCAGCAGCCACCGGCCAAACGGCUGUGCUGCCGACCCGGUUACAAUGCUGCGUGCCGACAGGGCCAGCGGGCUGGAGGAUCUGCCUGUUCUGGUUCCGGUCAGACUGGUUCGUGCAAGACCCAGAGCCCGGAGUCGCUCCUGGACAUCGCGGCGAGGAAGGUGGCGGAGAAGUGGCCGUUCCAGAGGGUGGAGGAGCGCUUUGAAAGGAUUCCGGAGCCCGUCCAGAGAAGGAUUGUGUACUGGUCUUUCCCUCGGAGCGAACGGGAGAUAUGCAUGUAUUCCUCUUUCAAUACCGGCGGAGAUGAAAGUGGGGCUGCCGGUGAGAACGGCGACGAGAGUCGGCUGCCUUUCAGACGGGGUGUCGCUUUGGUCGAGAGUGGGUGCGUUGACAACGUACUGCAAGUCGGGUUCCACCUGAGCGGGACGGUGCGGGAGCCCGCCACCGCGUCGGACCCGGAGGCGUCCUACAGCGUGUCCAUCAGCUUCGACCGCUGCAAGAUCACGGCGGUGACCUGCAGCUGCGGCGACCGCGACAUCUUCUACUGCGCGCACGUGGUGGCGCUGUCGCUGCACCGCAUCCGCCGGCCGCAGCAGGCCCGGCUGCACCUGCCCAUCUCCGAGACGCUGCUGCAGAUGAGCCGCGACCAGCUGCAGAAGCUGGUGCAGUACCUGAUCACCGUGCACCACACCGAGGUGCUGCCCACCGCCCAGCGCCUGGCCGACGACAUCCUGUCCCAGAACUCGCAGAUCAACCAGGUGCACGGGGCCCCAGACCCCACGGCAGGGGCCAGUGUGGAGGAUGAGAACUGCUGGCACCUGGACGAGGAGCAGGUCCAGGAGCAGGUGAAGCUCUUCCUCUCGCAGGGCGGUUACCAUGGCAAUGGCAAGCAGCUCAACCUCCUCUUCGCCAAGGUGCGGGAGAUGCUGAAGAUGCGGGACUCAAACGGGGCGCGCAUGCUCACUCUCAUCACGGAGCAGUUCAUGGCCGACCCCCGCCUGGCGCUCUGGAGGCAGCAGGGCACGGCCAUGACCGACAAGUACAGGCAGCUAUGGGACGAGCUGGGCGCUCUGUGGAUGUGUGUGGUGCUGAACCCACACUGUCGGGCGGAGCACAGGUGGGCCUGGCUCCGGCAGCUCAGGAAGUGGAACUCUGUGGACGUCUGCCCCUUGGAGGAUGGUAACCACGGCAGCGAGCUGCCCAACCUCAGCCACUCCCUCCCUCAGGGUGCUCAUGGCCACCAAGACUCGGCCAGCAGGCCCCACAGGACGGUGUUCACGAGGGCCAUCGAAGCGUGCGACUUGCACUGGCGUGACCCCCACCUGCAGCGCAUCAUCAACAGCGACCCGGACCCUGGCUGCUGUUACCGUGACAACAUGGCGGACGGCUCGCCCCUGGACGCCCACAGCUGGCCCAUGUGGCAGGAACACGUCCCGACGGCGUGCGCCAGGGUGGACGCGCUGAGGUCACAUGGUUACCCCCGGGAGGCGCUGCGGUUGGCCAUCGCCGUGGUGACCACCCUGCGCCGCCAACAGCAGAGGCAGCUGGAGCUCUUCCGCCGACACAAGAAAGAGUUGCUCCAUAAAGGCGUGACCUCCAUCUCAAACUCAGAGGGGUGGGUGGGGCACCCCCUGGACCCCAUCGGGACCCUGUUCAGCACGCUGACAGAGACAGGGAAGGGGGGAGACGAUGGCUCAGCCUCUUUCCUGGACCCCCCAGAGGGCAGUGCCCAGGCGAAGCGGGCGGAGUCGCAGUCCCCGCCCUCGCGGCGCCCCCUGCAGGCGGGCGAUCCCUGGCUGCCCCUGGCGGUGGAGAUGGCGCUGCUGGGCCUGGGGCAGCAGCGGAACAUGCCGGAGGGCCUGUACGCCCAGGAGAAGGUGGGCCGCAGCGAGGAGCAGCUCAUCGCUCGGCUGCAGGAGGUGGAGCUCGACCACGCCCUCCUCAAGAUCUUCCGCAAGCAGGCCCUUUUCCUCCUGGAAGGCGGUCCGUACAGCGGCCUGGGGGAGAUCGUUCACAGGGAGAGCGUCCCCAUGCACACCUUCGCCAAGUAUCUUUUCUCCUCUCUGCUACCUCACGACGCUGACCUGGCCUACAGGAUUGCACUGAGAGCCAUGAGGUUACCAGUUCUGGAGACCGGGGCGACCGCCAGCGACCUGUCGCGGCCCCACCACAUCGUCUCCGUCGUCCACAACCGCUACCCGCGCUGGUUCACCCUCAGCCACAUCGAGUCCCAGCAGUGCGAGCUGGCCUCCACCAUGCUCACUGCUGCCAAAGGUGACAGCCGGAGGCUGGAAACGGUGCUGGAGUCCAUACAGAAGAACAUCCACUCCUCCUCCCACAUCUUUAAGCUGGCCCAGGACGCCUUCAAGAUCGCCACGCUCAUAGACAGCCUGCCGGACAUCACCCUCCUCAAGGUCGCCCUGGAGCUGGGACUACAGGUAAUGAGGAUGACUCUGUCCACAUUAAACUGGCGCCGGCGGGAGAUGGUGCGAUGGCUAGUCACGUGUGCCACAGAAGUUGGCGUGUACGCGUUGGACAGCAUCAUGCAGAACUGGUUCACCCUCUUCACGCCCACGGAGGCCACCAGCAUCGUGGCGUCGGCGGUGAUGUCCAACGCCACGGCGCUGCGGCUGCGGCUGGACGGGCGGCAGCAGGACGGGCUGGCGGGCAGCGCCCGCACGCUGGCGCUGCAGUGCGCCAUGAAGGACCCGCAGAACUGCGCCCUGUCGGCGCUCACGCUGUGCGAGAAGGACCGCAUGGCCUUCGAGACGGCCUACCAGAUCGUCCUGGAGGCCGCCGCCACCGGCAUGAGCCACGCCCAGCUGUUCACCGUGGCGCGCUACAUGGAGCACCGCGGCUACCCGGGCCGCGCCUACAAGCUGGCCACGCUGGCGCUGCCGCACCUGAGCCUGAGCUACAACCAGGACACGCACCCCGCCAUCAACGACGUCCUGUGGGCCUGCACCCUCAGCCUGUCGCUGGGCAAGAGCGAGCUGGCCGCCGUCGUCCCCCUGGUGGUCAAGAGCGUCAAGUGCGCCACCGUGCUGUCGGACAUCCUGCGGCGGUGCACGGUGGGCGUGGCCGGGGUCGGGGGCGUGGUCGGGGUCGGGGGCGUGGCCGGCGGCGGGGGCGUGGCCCUGCCGGGCAGGCGGAGCUCGGGGAAGGCGGCCAUGUCGCUGGAGAAGGCGCCGCUCAGGCAGCUGCUGGACGCCACGGUGGGGGCCUACGUGAACACCACGCACUCGCGCCUGACGCACAUCAGCCCCCGCCACUACGGCGAGUUCAUCGAGUUCCUGGGCAAGGCGCGCGAGACCUUCCUGAUGGCGCACGACGGGCACGCCCAGUUCACCCAGUUCAUCGACAACCUCAAGCAGAUCUACAAGGGCAAGAAGAAGCUGAUGAUGCUGGUGAGGGAGCGCUUCGGAUGACCGAGGCCCUCCUUCCUUCCUUCCUCGUCUUCGUCGUCCUCUUCCUCGGAGGCCGCCUCCUUUCUUCCGUCGCCCCCUGCGAUUACUUGAGCCUUUCUUCUUCUGAAAAACGGACAAAAGGGGGGAAAAAAAAAACAGAUGGGGGGAGGAAAAAAGGAGAGCCAUGCCGGUAUUAUUAAUAUUAUUGUUAUUAUUAUUAUUAUUAUUACUGCUAUUACCUGUACAGAACUGUUCUUGUCGAUGAUAGAGGAAACUGUCACGUCAUGAAAAGGUGUGCUUUUGAGAGAAGGAGAAGGAGAAAAUGGACGGUUUUGCUUAAUUGUCAUUUUAUACUGAGUAUAAUAUGUUGUCUGGUCGCGGGAGUUGAAGCGCGUGGUGCAGCUACGUUACGAAGACGAAAACACGGCGUAAAACACUGCUGGACCCGUACCUCUUUAAAGUGUGAGAGAAAAGCAGUCCCGUUUUAAUGUUUGAUAAGAGCAGAGGGUUUUAAUGGGGACAGAACUGCACCAGAGGUUCCCAGUCCUCCUGGGCUGUGUGGAGGCGGGGCUAAGAAGGAGGGGGCGGGGCUUGGAGGGGGCGGAGCUCACUAGCGUGGAAACUUCAGCAACCGUGUCAACAUAAUUUCUCAGGGAUUUCUCGCAGGAAAAAAAAAACGAAAAUGAAAACAAAAAAAGGAGAGUGUUUUAUUGUAUUGUGUAUAUAAUACAGGAUAUGUCUGGAGAAGAAAAAAAAAGUAUAAUGUUUAACUAAUUUAUAAAGCAUAUUCUAUGUAAUGCAAAAACAAUACUUGAAGCUGCAGUAGCUUUUUACACAAAACACAUCAGAAGGACAGACCUGGACUUUUUUUAGGGGGGGGGGGGGGGUCUAUGCAGGCCAGUGAAUGAAUAGGAAAUAAUAGUGGUGGUCAUGUUCAGAAUCAGUAUGCAAAACAUAUUUAAUUACAAACAAAGCAUUAAUGCACUCACACAUAUGUGUGACAUACACACGCACACAUGCCGAGUAAAGAAUACACACACGCACGCACGCACGCACGCACGCACACACACACACACACACAUACACACAGAACCGCAGUAUUGGCCCCAUUUGUCCGAAGGUGGGACGCGAGUGUUGGCACUGCGAUUUGUAAAUCGCCGGAACACUGUGUCCUGCUGAUCUCUCUCAGGCCAGGAACAGGCUUCCAGAAAGUCUGCCGACUCCCCCGGGGAGCGGAUUAGAGGUUUACGAGGCCAACAUCAUCCGAGCGAUGUGAAACCACAGAAGGACAGGUUCGGCCUGACUGCGGGUUCACAGUCGCCUGACAGCACUGCAGUUAGUGGUGGCACGUCUUAAGGAGUCCUUCUAAAAAUACAGCUCAGUGUAACUUACCGCGCAGAUAUGAAUGCACAGCAUGCUGGUGAACUCGCUGCUUUGUCACAUUGACUCCAUUGUGAGGUCACAGAACGCUUCGCGAUUAUGAUGACGCAAUUGCUGUGCCAUUGUGAUGUCACAGAGACGCUUCGGAAUGCUCAGUGUUGAGUCGGGAACCUGUUCUAAAAUUCUGCUCUUCUGCCAGGUCUUAAACGUCUGCUUCUUUUUUUUUGUUGCUGGUCUUAUUUCAGCUGGAUGGUCAGUUGUUUUAUGUGAAUAUACCUUUUCCUGUUCCUUUAAUUUUUACAGCUCUUCCAAGAUUGCUAGACAGGACUUCUGAAGACCAAACUCCCUUUCAUUUGAUGAAAGCUAACUUUUAUCUGAACGGUUUCCAAAAAAAAAAAAAACUUUUGCUUUUAAAAAAGCAAUGUCAUCUUUUUGGUUUAAAAAAAAAAAAAGAAAAAAAGUUGAUUGCCUUUUGUUCCCACAAUUUGAAUAUUUCCAAGAGGUUUAUUUUAGGUUUUGUUGCGUUGUUUAUUUUGAACAAGUUAUGUUUAACAUUUUAUUUAUUAUUUUUAUUGGUAAGACUGUGUACAUCACCACCUGUGUAAACUUGGUCAUGGAACUGAAAUUAAGAUUUUAUACACAAAUUUAUUUAUGUAACAAAAAUCACUGUUUUUAUAUACUUGAUAAUGAUCCAAUGAUUGCAUUUUUUUUGUUCUUGUAUUAAUUAAAAAACAUUUGUUUCCAGAG